AUAAAUGUUAAAAUUCUGCCACUCGUCAUAAAAGACUGUUCAUUUUGGGUGAUAAAAGAUGCUAUCAACUAUAUGUACAAGUUUCUUUGAAGCGCGAAAGAAGUUUUCUUUCUCAAAUGCAAUUGCUAUGCAUUAUUAUUUGCCGCCUUUUUCUAUUUUUGUAGUCUUGUCAGUGACCCGUCAUUAUCUAGACUUACUUGUGACAAAGCGUGGAAAAAGCUGUUUCUUUUCCCACAGUAUACCAAAAUCUUUGUUUCAAGAGCCUAGAAGCUUGGAAAACGUCCAGCAUUAAUUCUUAUGAGGCCACGUAUCUGUUAACUUUACCAGAUAAUUUUUCGUAAAUGAAACAAUCAAAUAAUGUCAGAUCUUGGGAUGAAAUUGCUUAGAAAUGCGUCGUUUGUUCGGUUAUUUAAGAAAAAGGUAAAAAACUGAGUUGUCAAAAUAUUCAACACUUGUUAAAACAAGCCUCUUAAGGUGACAAACGAAAGCGCAAACAUCGUUUUAUAUUUGCAAAUAUGUCUACACGUGAGAGGUGUAAACGAUAUCUAUGUUAUAACAGCUGAAACGGCUUUAUACUUUAGGUCCAACAUUUCUAUGAUCCGUUUUCGUUAGAUUGCAGAGAAGUGAAGGAAGCAAGUUCAAGUUUGUUAAGUAUUCUUAAAAUGUCAAACUCGAAGGUAUCACUGGAUCACGACUAUUUCUUUGUAUCACAAACUAUUCUGAGCGUCAUGUUGGCCACACCAGCUGUCGCCUCGAAUGUCUUUUUACUGAUCACCAUCUUUCGAAACACAAACGCGAAUCAAAGAAUUUGGCAAACGCCUGCAACGCUCUUGGUGGUAAACCUGACCAUCUGCGACCUAAUGACUGGUCUUGUUCCUGGAUACGGAAGCCUUUAUUACGAUAUCUCUGUGUUAAGAGGUAAGAGGAGAGACAAUCUUGUAGGAAUGCAGCGUUUCUUAACUGUUUCCGCCGUUGUCACAAAUAUCGUUUCUUCUGGCACGAUCACAGUGAUGUCUUUUGACCGUUUAUUAGCAGUUUCGUCUCCUUUUCAAUACAAAGCGUUGGUGACGAAAACAAAGAUAAAGGGAGCAAUAGCGUUUAUCUGGAUUUAUUCCCUGAUUUUCUCCAGUCUUCCGUUGAUGGGGGUAGCACCGUCUACGUUCGUUCUCUUGUUCUGCCAUCUUCAUGUUUCAUUUCCUCUGAUCAUCUUCCCCGUGGUAUACUGGAGAACAUUCCGUGCGCUUCGCCUACACAAUAACCAGGUGCAAGAUGUGGCUGAAAACGAGGGAAGGCAGCAAAUAGAUAUGGCUCACAGGAACAGAGAACGCAAAAUGGUGUCAGCAUUUCUCUUAAUUCUUAUCUCGUUUUACGUAUCUUUCGCCCCACUGUUUAUCGCUCAAAAUAUGUUAAUUUUUCAUCCAAAAUACAACUAUCAAGAUACUUUUCGAUUUUUUCUGUAUACAACAAACAAAGUUCUCAUAAUAAAUUGCUGUCUAAACCCUUUCAUCUACGCGUGGAGGAUUCCAACCUACAGAAGAGCAUUUAAGGCGGUUUUCACUGGCUGUGUUUGCCUACCAAGAAACACUGUCUCCCUGGUGAUGCAAAAACACGUCGACAACCGCACGAACCACACACGCAGCCCUGACAGUUAACAGUUGUUACUGUAGAGGAAGUCACUAUUCAAUUACGCAAUACGGGAUUCUGGGAGAAGAUGAGGAAAGUUUGAUUUUCACGAACGGACGGCGAGUGACUCAAAAUUUUUCAAAUUCCCUAAACAUCCCAGCGCGUUAUUACACUGGUGUAGUGAUGGAAAGUGCAGCCUACCGAUUCUUCAAAUUAUACAUAAGGUGCAGUACAGAAGAGGCUACUGAGCAAGCUAAGCGCGCAUAGCAUCUCAAUUAUUUCGUAACUGACAAUGCACUUUUUUAAAAUGAAUUUUCGGUAUACUUUUAAGUUCAUUGUUUGCUCUCUAAAAUCGUUUUAUUUACAUUUCAUGACUCCUGAUGUGAAUAUGAACUGGAGAAGGAAAACCAGGGUGUUGGCUGAGAUAUGUAGAUUCCACCAUAGUAAUUUCAGCUUUUUAUUGAACGAAAACUUGCUUGCUCAGAGGUUCACAAUGCGAAUUCCACUUUUUAUCUUUCUUUUUCCGGUUCACUUAACCAAUAUACUCUGACACAUCGAGGCAGUCGAUAGCAGGACUGUUUUUUCA